AGGACGUACUCCUCAAUGCUCUGUUGUUAUCAGUAAUUUAAUAGAUUUUUUCAGAGUUAUCAGUGUAAAUAAAUUGGGUCAUGUUAGCUGUGAGGGAUUUCUAUUUAGGUCUUCGACUCACAACAUGUCAAGAAAACUAUUAUCCGAAACUAAGAAGCUAAUUCCGAAGCCUCUAUUUGGUUUGUGGAGGUUCAAGUGUCACACGAGUCCUCACGGUCCUUUUCAGAAAAAAUAUUAUAAUAACAAGGUAAGAAAAACUUCAAAAAAAGGAAGAGUUUUGUGUCCAGCAGUCCUCGAUGACUUUGACAGGCAGUACAGUGAGGAACUUGGAAACUUGUGGCCAUCUGCAAGGGCAGUGCUCCUGGACCCUCCGUCUUGGCAGUAUGGGGUCAUGCUCAACCGCUUCAGUGUUGUGACAGACAUUGUGCAGAAUCUUCAGUCCCAGGGCUUCUCAACAUUGCCUCAUAUAUUUCCCCAGACAGGGUGUAAUGCUGAGUACCAAGAAGAAAAAGGCACUCUCUUGUUGCCCCACUGCAUCUCAAAGUGUCCUCCUGAGGACUCCACUCUCCAGCCUGACAUCACUUCCCAUGCCUCCAGUCAGGAACCACAGUCAGAGCCCUCUCUCACCCUUCCAUAUUCUUCAAUGCAAUGUUACAUCCACUCCCGUCCUCUACGAUUUCCCUCUCAGGCUCACAGGCCUGGCCAGUUGAAACAGUAUUACCUCCUGAAUGCUGCCUCACUACUUCCUGUUCUGGCUUUGCAAGUCAGAGAUGGAGACAAGGUUUUGGAUCUUUGCUCUGCCCCUGGGGGUAAAGCUGUCGCCAUAAUGCAGACUGCAACUCCAGGGCUUCUCUGCUGUAAUGAACCAGAUCCUCACAGACGGGACUGGCUGACCAAAACCAUGGAGUCUUUUCUGCCUCACUCACUAAAUAGCAGAGUUAUUGUGUCUGCAGAAGAUGGACGGUGUUUUGGGCAGAAGGAAGCUGGAUUUUAUGACAAGGUUUUAGUCGACGCUCCUUGUUCCAACGACAGGAGUUGGCUGUAUUCUAGCAGCAGCCAGCAGGGGGCGCAGAGACUGAGGGACAGGGCCAGGCUGCCGCUGCUACAGGCUCAGCUGCUCAAGUCGGCAUUAUCUGCAGUUUGUCCCGGUGGUGUUGUCGUCUAUUCAACCUGUACACUGUCGAGCUUGGAGAACUAUGCUGUUGUUGAGAUGGUGCUGAAAGACGUUCCUGAGGCCGAACCUCAGGACCUGUGGGAGGAGAUUGCCAUUCCUUUAUCAAAACACUUUGCAUUUAGUUCUCACCCUGAUUGUGAACAGAUGCAUCCAGGUCCUUCCCCACUAACGAACAGCACCGCAACCACUUAUCACCAGAAACUUGGCAUUUUAGUGCUUCCUCAGCCUGGCAAAACCUGGGGACCCAUGUUUUUGUCUCGAAUUCGAAAAAGGGAAUAGCACUCUCUCCUCCUGUAGAGGAGGACAGAAAAAGAAGAUCUAAACAUGUCGCUGUCAACACAUACAGGUGUAAGAAAGUCAUAAAUUAAACAACUUUAAUGCUGCAACACUAACCAUCUGUAGCACUUUACAAGGGGCACAAAAGUAUUUAGUCAACCACCAAUUGCGCAAGUUCUCCCACUUAAAUAGAUGAGAGAGGACUGUCAUUUUCAUCAUACGUACUGUACACUUCAACUAUGAGAGACAGAAUGGGGGGAAUGAAUCCAGGAAAUCACAUUGUGAGAUUUUUACUGAAUUAAUUGGUAAAUUCCUCGGUAAAAUAAGUAUUUGGUCACCUACAAACAAGCAAGAUUUCUUGCUUUCACAGACCUGUAACUUCUUUUUUAGGAGGCUCCUCUGUCCUCCACUCAUUACUUGUAUUAAUGGCACCUGUUUUAACUGGUUAUCAGUAUAAAAGACACCUGUCCACAACCUCAAACAGUCACACUCCAAACUCCACUAUGGCCAAGACCAAAGAGCUGUCAAAGGACGUGAGAAACAAAAUUGUAGACCUGCACCAGGCUGGGAAGACUGAAUCUGCAAUAGGUAAGCAGCUUGGUGUGAAGAAAUCAACUGUGGGAGCAAUUAUUAGAAAAUGGAAAACAUACAAGGCCACUUUCCCUCAAUCUGGGGCUCCACGCAAGAUGUCACCCCGUGGGGUAAAAAUUAUCUCAAGAACGGUGAGUAAAAAUCCCAGAACCACAUGGGGACCUAGUGAAUGACCUGCAAAGAGCUGGGACCAAAGUAACAAAGGAACCAUCAGUAACACACUACGCUGCCAGGGACUCAGAUCCUGCAGUUCCAGACGUGUCGCCCUGCUGAAGCCAGUACAUGUCCAGGCCCGUCUGAAGUUUGCUAGAGAGCAUUUGGAGGAUGCAGAAGAGGAUUGGGAGAAUGUUAUAUGGUCAGAUAAAACCAAGAGAGAACUUUUUGGUAGAAAUACAACUUGUCGUGUUUGGAGGAAAAAGAAAGCUGAGUUGCAUCCAAAGAACACCAUACCUACUGUGAAGCAUGGGGUUGGAAACAUCAUGCUUUGGGGAUGUUUUUCUGCAAAGGGACCAGGAUGACUGAUGUGUGUAAGGGAAAGAAUGAAUGGGGCCAUGUAUCGUGAGAUUUUGAGUGAAAACUUCCUUCCAUCAGCAAGGGCAUUGAACAUGAAAUGUGGCUGGGUCUUUCAGCAUGACAAAGAUCCCAAACACACCACUCGGCCAACGAAGGAGUGGCUUCGUAAGAAACAUAUCAAGGUCCUGGAGUGGCCUAGCCAGUCUCUAGAUCUCAACCCCAUAGAAAAUCUUUGGAGGGAGUUGAAAGUCUGUGUUGCCCAGCGACAGCCCCAAAACAUCACUGCUCUAGGAGAUCUGCAUGGAGGGAUGGGCCAAAAUACCAGCAACAGAAAAUCGGGCAAUGUGAUUUUUCUGGAUUUUUUUUUUCAUUCUGUUUCUCAUAGUUGAGAUAUAUCUGUGAUAAAAAUUACAGGCCUUCUCAUCUUUUUAAGUGGGAGAACUUGCACAACUGAUGUGUGACUAAAUACAUUUUUGCCCCACUGUAA